UUUAUUCAAAUAUUUUAAAAAAUAACCACUUUUAAAAAUAAAAUAAGUCAACUAAAAAUAAUGAAAUUAUCUUUUUAGGCGAAGAUAUCCGAUGUCCCUGAUUAACGUAUGGUAUAGAUUUGAUUUGUGUUCAAUCUUAUUCUAUGUUCAACCUUGUUUUAGGGGCAUCUAUUAAUUUCUAAUAACCCUCACAACAAUUUGAAAACGAUUUUUUUUUUCAUCCAAUUUUGAAAACGAUUAAGAAAACAAAAGAAAAAGAAAACCUCGUAGUUUCUCUUCCGCAUUACCGAUGGAAUCGCCGCGGCGGAGUUACGCCGAGGUAUUGACGUCGGCAUGGCCCAGCAGUCACCGGUUGCAAAUGGACAUUCCAGAAGAAAUCGUCGUCGAAAUCCUCUCCCGUCUACCGAUCAAAUCUCUAUUGCGAUUCAGGUCCGUUUCCCAGGCAUGGCGAUCUGCCGUCUCCGAUCCUAAAUUCACUCUUUCUUCCCCAAACUACCGCCAAAUAGCCAGUAGAUCUAGCGAUGACACCCUGCACUCCAUCAAUCGCCGCGAAGCUUCGUCACGCGAUCUCAUUCUCAAACCAAUGAUUAGCAACAACAAGAACUUUAAUAACAUUAAUAUCUUAGGUUCAUGCAACGGCUUGUUGCUUGUAAGCCAGCGCGCGGAUUUGUAUCUGUGGAACCCAUCAACAGGGGAAUGCACCAAAAUGCUCUCGCUUGUGGCGGACGGGUCAGAGGACUAUCAUGUUAUUGCCAGCUCUGGACUGUGCUAUGACUCGUUGAUGGAUGAUUACAAGGCCGUAAUGGUGAAUGGUGGAUUGGCCACAAUAGUUAGUUUUAAAAGGAGAAAUUGGACUACCAAGAUUUGUUUAUCUCACGGCGACGAUGGAGAGGUUUGGAAUUCCGGGCCUCUAGUGAAUGGCAAGUUGCACUGGAUGAUCGCUCACUAUGGAGAGGGUAAUAUGGACUUUCCGACAAACUGGAUUGUUUGUUUUGAUCCGCUUACUGAUGAAUUUGUAGAACUGCCGAUGCCACCUAACAAUGGGGAAAGGAAUAUGAUUGUAAUGGGGUUGGGAGUUUUGGAUGGAUGUCUUUGUAUGACACGUUGUGUCUGUGAAAGUGGUGAUGGAGUUGAACCUAUCUUUUUCGAGGUGUUAGUCAUGGAGGAAUAUUGUGUGGAGGAGCCAUGGACUAGUGCUUUCAUCAUGUCCAAAAAUUUUAUAAGAGUACCGAGCCCGAAUUGGGACUAUAGGCUUGAUUUAUACGGGACGUUGGUUCCCUUUUGCUUUACAACGAGUGGUGAAGUUCUGAUUAUGGUUAAUCGGGAAUUGUUGUUGUACAAUCCCAAUGAGAUGUCUCAACGGAGGAUUUGUAUCCCAAGAAAUCAUUUUCCAGUUUGGGGUCUUGGUGACGUUUCAUACGCUGAGAGUUUGUCUUCACCUGCUACCUAUGCCCAGAAAGAAGAUUGGAUAGUGGAAGGGUUUGAUGCCUUGAAUUUGGUCGAGCACAUUUGGUGUUGUGACAGUUUGCGUUCUUAUGGAGAUUGGGAUUCUUAUAAUUUCAUCGAUGAGGAAGAUGAGGAAGAUGACGAAGGCUCCAUUGAGGAAGAGAACAAUAGGGUGUGGAAAGGUUUCUGGAAAAAGGAUGAAAACCAGGAAAAGUUCUGUAGAAAACAAAAGGCCCGACUUCACUACUUGUCAGCAAAACAGAAAGAACAAGAAGUCAAGCAUAGAACCAUAACUAAAAGCAAAAUCAGAACAACAAAUAACCAGAAAAAGAAGCAGAGAAACAAUCUGGAGGCGCUAGAUUUGCAUAAACAGGUAUUCUCUGUCCUUCCUUUUUCCUUUCUGGUGCAUAAUGUUUGGACAUUCAGAGUUUAGCUAAAGGACUGUUAAGUUGGUUGAGUCUUCAGUUCCUUUUAGGUUGCUUCAAUCUGAUGGUAUUGUAUGCUUGACGUGUUAGCAAAGAAGACAAUCAUUGUGCCAAUAAUUUACUUGAUUUUUUUUUUUUUUUGGCAUUUGUAGGCAUUGAAUUAUAUGCAAUACUUCACAAAAGAUUCCUUGUUUGCUAUAACACAUCUCGUGGAGCACUUGAAUUGUACUGAAUAUGUAAAGUCCGAAUCUAGGGAUAUCGAUAGAUGGAAAUACUCUGAGAUGGUC